UUCUACCAUAGCCAAAUCAAACAAGUUUACCUUUUUUGAUGACUUUUAGACUUUUGUUCUCUCUUAUGUGAUUGUUAACCACAUACUCUUUAUCGCAAGAAAACCUCAUGCAAACCUCAUUGCAUUAACAGUUUAGUCAAACCGCUAAAGUCAUCUGCAUAUUUGUUAUGGACAGAGUUCAUCUAAUAAUCUGCCUGCUGUGGGCAUGUGUAAAUGUGUGCGAUGGUGAGCCAGCCAUGUUUGGGGAGGUGUCUUCUCCACAGUACCCUCAACCCUAUCCAGCAAACCUCCAGAAACAAUGGGACCUGGAGGUGCCACAAGGCUACCAACUCCAGCUGACGUUCAAUCACCUUGACAUUGAGUCCUCUCCAGACUGUUACUACGAUUCUGUCACUGUUGUGUCUAGUGAGAAGGUUCUGGGGAAGUUCUGUGGCCAGAAUUCCACAGACCGGCUCCAUCCAGGAGACACACCCAUCUUGGCUCCUGGUAACCGCCUGCAGCUGAUUUUUCAAACGGAUGACUCAAAUCACGAGUCACACUUGGGAUUCACUGCAUUCUACCAGGCUGUUGAUAUAGAUGAGUGUUCCUCUUCCAAUGUGGAAAAUGGUUCACCAUGUUCACAGAUAUGUCUUAACACCCUUGGCUCCUACCUGUGCGCCUGUUACCAUGGUUACACAUUACGGCCUGACCAACGCACCUGCGUCUUGGAGUGUGGAGGUGGGGUGCACAGUGAAUUAGAGGGGACCAUCUCGAGUCCUGGUUUCCCAGACACAUCUCCUCUUGAUCUGGACUGCAUCUACACCAUCUCUGUGCAGCCAGGCUUUAUGAUUACUCUGAACUUCAGCCAGAACUUCCACAUAGAGCAGAUCUACAGUCAAGGAGAGUCCUGCCUCUUCCAUUGGCUGCAAGUAUGCUUUUGCUAAAAACGUCUAUCCGGAGUG